AUGUCAGCGCACAACGAUAUGGAGUCCCCGGUUGACAAUCUGAGCCCUCGUCAAAUGGGUGCGAUCAUCGGGGGAUCUGUCGGCGUCACCGCAAUAAUUCUGAUUGCAAUCGCAGUAUUUUUUGUGCUCCAACGGAGAAGACGAGGCCGAUAUGCCGUGAAGCGGAUGACCAAAUUGAGCUCCGAAAAGAAGGGCAAAAUUGGCAAAGCACGUCAAUUAUCCUCCUAUGGCCUUGCCCUAUCAACUAAUCAAACCAGUACUACGGAUGUGUUCUCAGACAGUCAACUUUUAUAUCAUGGAGCUCCGUUGCCUAUUAGAUUUAAAAGGUCAAAUACUCGCAGCUUCUCAUAUAAGAUUGAGCACAGCAACAAGUCUGCCAGUCCAACUUUUGCAUAUUGCGGUUCUAUAGGACGCCACAACAAUAGGCACCUUGGGAAAUCAAGUUUACCUGGUCAAUCAAGGCAACCCCGGCACGAGUGCGUCGAAAAGGUCGAGGCGAUCCAUGAGUGUUUCGUCGAUGCCGGGCAACGGUGGUGGGACCACAAACCUUACAUCUAG